CUGUAAGCAGCGGCCGCAGCAACCGGGGGCCUUUCCAUCUUCUCCUAGUUGGGAGGAGGGGGGGCUCCUGGGGACACCUUUUCACCAUGAUCCUGCUGGUAUGCUUCUGCUGGGGCCUGUCGGUCAUUUUUGGACAGCAAGAUCCUGAAUUCUUAGCCAGGGAACUGGAAGAAGCUGAGAUUCUGGACUACAGCCUCAUCGACAAUGUUGCCCGCAGAGUCCCCAGACAAGCCCGGUUUUUGCAGAGGCUGGAAACCAGGCCGAGGAUGUCUGAAUUCUCAGUGAGAGCCACGAUCAUUUCCCGCUAUGCUUUCACCACCAUCUCCUGCACCUUGGUGAACAGCGGAUCGGAGGACAGGGAAGGUAUCUUUGAGAUGCAGAUACCCGUCACGGCCUUCAUCACUAAUUUUACCAUGGUCAUUGGGGACAAGGCUUACCACGGUGAAGUUAUUGGAAGAGACAAGAAGCUUGGUGAUGCAGCAAGACACCACAGAUAUUCAAGGCCCAGAGAUGACGGGGACAAUGGAGUUGAGAUGUUCAAGGCAUCUGGAACCAUUCCUAGGAAAGGGCAGGCUGUUUUCCUGUUGCAUUAUGAAGAACUCUUGCAAAGACGGCUGGGGAAGUACCAGUAUACCCUCAGCAUCCGGCCCCAACAGUUGGUCGGACGGUUGCGUGUGGAGGUGAACAUCCUUGAAAACUCGGGAAUUAUCUCUCUGGAAGUUCCACCGCUUCAAAGCAGCAGGAGCAGAGGUGGUGGGAAUGGCGAAGAUGAUGCGUCCCUGCCCCCUUCGACGGUGAUUGGCCAAACAAAAACUUUAGCCAAAGUGACCUUCAGUCCUAGCGUUGUCCAGCAAGCCAAGAUUGCACGGAACGGCAUUCUGGGAGAUUUUAUUGUCCGGUACGAUGUCAACAGGGAGCUGAGUGUCGGGGAUGUGCAGGUUUUGAACGGAUACUUUGUGCACUACUUUGCUCCCAAAGAUCUCCCUCCACUCCCGAAGAAUGUCGUCUUUGUGCUUGACAGCAGCGCCUCAAUGGUGGGGAACAAGUUGCGGCAGACCAAGGAUGCCCUGUUCACCAUUCUCCAAGAUCUGAGGCCUGAGGAUCAUUUCAACAUCAUUGGCUUCUCCAAUCGAAUCAAGGUCUGGCAACAAGACCGCCUGGUGCCAGUGACGCUCGACAAUAUCAGAGAUGCAAAGAUCUACAUCCACAAUCUGUCACCUACAGGAGGCACAAACAUAAACGGGGCCCUCCAGAUCAGCACAAAAAUCCUCAAUGACUACAUCGCCCAAAGUGAUAUCGAUGCCCGAAGUGCCUCGUUGAUUAUCUUCUUGACUGACGGGCGGCCCACAGUCGGGGAGACGCACUCAAGCAAGAUUGUCAACAAUACGAAGGCAGCCAUCCGCAACAAGUUCUGCCUCUUCACCAUAGGCAUCGGAAAUGACGUUGACUACAAACUACUGGAGAGGUUGGCGCUGGAGAACUGUGGUAUGAUGCGGCGCAUCCGGGAAGACGAGGAUGCCGCAGGGCAGCUGAAAGGGUUCUACGAUGAGAUUGGGACGCCUCUUCUUUCUGAUAUCCGGGUGGACUAUCCAGUUGGCAGCGUGGAGCGUGUUACCCAGAAUCUCUUCUCCAACUACUUCAAUGGGUCUGAAAUUGUCAUCGCAGGGAAGCUCCUCAACCACACAGCCAACAGCCUCCACGUGGAAGUGACCGCCAGCAACAGCAAGAAGUACAUCCUGCUCAAAACGGACGUGCCCGUCGAUCUGCCCGGACAGAACCAUAUCGGGACUCGCGCUUCCAAUGGUGUCGAAGACCACACCGAUGAUUGGAACUAUGUUGAACGGGCCUGGAGUUACCUCACCAUCAAGGAACUUCUGACUUCCUGGUUGAAGAGCGAUGACUCUGAGGAGAGGGAGAACCUCAGGGAACGAGCCAAGAAAUUGGCCCUCACCUACAACUUUGUCACACCUUUUACCACUCUGAAGAUGAAGGAGCUUGGGGUGCAGGCAGAGGUACCAACAGGAGUCUAUAUUGACCCAUCUACUGGAGGUUUGGGGGAGACCGUUCAGGGGAUGCAGGGUCCCAAAUCACCAUCAGGUUCUAUUCCUGGAAAACAGGACAAAGAAAGAAUUAAAGUCUCAAAAACGUCAGCGGAUGGUGACCCUCACUUUGUUGUUGAUUUCCCCUUGAGUAAGCUGACUGUCUGCUUCAACAUCGAUGGGGAACCCGGCGAUAUCCUCCGACUCGUGUCUGAUCACAAGCACUCUGGUGUGACGGUGAAUGGUCAGCUGAUUGGAGCCCCGGCACCACCUAACGGCCGUAAGAAGCACAGGACCUACUUCCGAAGCAUCACCAUUCUCAGCAACAAGCCGGAAAGAGCCUACCUGGAGGUCACUCCCACAAAGGUCAUCUUGGACGAUGGACAGAGACUUGUGUUGUCCUGCGACCGCAGUGCCGUGGUAGGAAGCAAGAACCUCGAGGUGUCCGUCUUUGCCCGUUCCAAUGUGACGGUAAUGAUCCGGGGCACCAUUGCUUUUGUCAUUCUGAUCCACCAUUACAAGAAUCCAGCUCCGUACCAAAAAGAUCAUUUGGGCUUCUACAUCUCUAAUGGCCAAGGGCUUUCCUCCAGCUCACUUGGGUUGCUAGGUCAGUUCUUACACCAGGUUGUAAAUCUUACCAAGGAACCUCAUGGCCAAAGCCACCAUCUGAGCAACUGGAAUGAAACGAAAAAUGAGGACAACGCUGCCAGCAACACAUUACAACUGAAAGGGCGUCUGGUUCCAGUUGUGUGGAAGCAAAGGAAAAUCUACAAUGGCGAACAGGAAGUGGACUGCUGGUUUGCCAAAAACAACGCUGACAAGCUAAUUGACGGGGCCUACAAGGAUUAUCUAGCCUCUCACCCUUUCGAUACAGGGACUAGCAGCUUGGUAGGGAACAAACUUUAAGGAAAGAGUUAACCAUAAGCGCCGUGAUCAAUAUGGAAGCAGUUACUCCCUCGGAGACUUUCGCACUUUUGUCAGUUCUUUGUGAUGCCAAAGAAGGAACUUGUGCAACAAAGACGCUGUUCUCUUCACAAGGCCACUGGUCUGUUUGUUGGUUUAACUAAGGACACUUUCACAAGUGACUCCAGGAGGGCUUUUUUGGGUCUAAUGUAGGUUUUUUAAAAAACUUGAUAGGGUUACCAACCUCCAGGUGUGACCUGGAGGUAUGCUGGAAUUACAACAGAUCUCCAGACUAUAUAGACAGAAAAUAGCUGCUUUGGAGGAUGGACUCUAUAGCAUUAUACCACACUAGGGUUGCCAACUUCCAGAAGGGGCCUGGAGAUCUCCCAGAAUUAUAAGAGAACUUCAGAAGAUAGAGAUCAGUUCCCCUGGAGAAAAUGGCUGUUUUGGAGGGUUGACUCUAUGGAAUUAUACUCCACUGAGGCCCUGCUCCUUCCUGAACCCUGCCCUCCGCAGACGCCAUCCCUAAAUCUCCAGGAAUUUCCCACCAUGGAAAUGGUAACCCUAUGCCCCUUCCUCCCCAGGCUCUACUUCUAAAUCUCCAGGAAUUUUCCAACUCAGUGUUGGCAACCCUACUUGUGAAUAUAUCUCCUGCCACCUGUAACAUAGGAAAGAACUGUUUUCAAAUGGAAUGAUGGUCCAAAGAAAGUGGAGCAUUUAAUUUGAACGAGCUGGUAGAUAACGGUCUUAAAGAUACAUAUAUUGUU